GUGUGGCGGUACCCGGACGCAAACUCUACACAACUGUGAAAGUAACCCAAAGGCCUUAGAUCUCAUGACACCUCAUGCCUCCCCUUCAUAUCGUCCGCCUGCGAAACGUUCCCGUCUAUCCAAAUCUACUUAUCGCGUUCUUAACGUCUGGGCUCAGCUUGCCGAACGCUACAACAAACGUCUCGAUGAAGAUGACAUAGUUGACCUCUACAGCGGCGCCAUAAUCAGUGACAGAGGAGUACUAAAGAACGGAAAGGACUAUGAUUUUGGCCAUUUUGCUCCUGAUGCUAGUCAAGACGACCAAGAUCAGGAGCAGGAGCAGGAGGACGGCGCACAGGAUCAGGAUGAUGACCUCGAUGAAUUGGACACUCUACCCGUCCGGCGGGGUUCUGGAACCGACGGUACCAUGGCUUCAACUUCUGAGCUGCUCCGUGCGGUGCCACCUCUUUCAGCAACAACAGACGCCGACGAUCUCGAUGACUUUCUGGAAGCUGAAAAGAGACGAAGAGAGUUGUUGGGGGAUGAGGACGGUGAAGACGAUAUGUCUAUGGAAGAACUAGCCGCGCUACGAGAGGCCUUGCACGAGUCAGAGGAAGAUGAAGAGCGGCUAGAGAUUGUUGAACCAGAGGAUGCAGCCGUCUCAGAAGAAGAGGAUUCUGAGGAUGAGCUUAGCAUAUGGCAGCACGACGAGGCUAGUGCUGUAUACCGCAUCGCCCGCAAUGAAUCUGAACAGGACAUUGCGGAAGGUGAGCAAAAAAUCCUCGAGUCCCCUGAUUCUGAUGAGGAGUUUGCCGCGCUCCUCGAGCGACCCUCACGAGUCGGAAAACGAAAGCGAACACCCUCUCCAUCUCCUUCUCAACAAAGCAUUUCUCUAUCCUUUUCUCAACGAUGCAUUUCUCCAUCUCCUUCUCAACGAAGCAGUUCUCCAUCCCCUUCUCAACGACACUUUUCUCCAUCUCCGUCGUCCUCUUCGAAACGAAAAUCUCCUCUAUCCCUUUCGCAACGUGGUACAUCAUCUGAAAGUACUCUAGGUAAUGUAGCCACCUUCACAGUCUGCGCAAUCAUUUACCGAAGCUCCCGUCUGCAGUACCCGAUACUCCUUCAACUACAGCAAGCACCCGUUUUGCAUCUCAUACGCCGCGAACUGAAGUUCACCCAUUUGCCUCCCCCUCUGUCGACCCCACACAACCACCGCAAUACCUUCUCUACCAAGCCAUGCAACAAUUGUCAUAUGCUCUAUCCGCAACGAUGUUGUCUUACGGGUCGCCUCACAUGCCUCCGCCACCGAUAGCUCCAUGGAGUGCGCACCCACCAGGUUUUUCUCACCCCUGGGGACUACGAGGGGCGUCUGUAACGCCGCUCUCUUUCCAAACGGACGAUGAACGUACACCCGUGGACCAUGACGGUGGUGUGGUAGAAAAUGAUAGAAGGCGCAGGCGGCCUACAAGUCCCAUAGGUUCCGG